AAGAUUGACGAGAAUACAAACUCGUGAUCCAUAAACUGUAUGUAGCACACACAGCACCAUCUACAGGACACGACAUAGGACAAAACCUUCUUCAAAAUCAAACAUGGCCACCACUUUCACUCUCAAUACGGGCGCUCAGAUCCCUGCAGUCGGUCUGGGAACCUGGCAAUCAGACCCAGGACAGGUCAAGACGGCGGUGGCUCACGCCUUGAAGUCUGGAUACAGACACAUUGAUGCUGCUUUCGUAUAUGGAAACGAGAACGAGGUGGGUCAGGGCUUGAAGGAGGCCUUCGACUCGGGCAUCAAGAGAGAAGAUGUGUUUGUGACCUCGAAGCUGUGGUGUACAUACCAUCGCAAGCCUGAAGAGUGCCUGGAUGAGAGCUUGAAGAGACUGGGGCUGGCAUAUGUCGACCUCUACCUCGUCCACUGGCCAGUGCCAAUGAACCCCAAUGGCAACGACCCGCUCUUCCCGAAGCUGCCAGACGGAUCCCGAGACCUCGACCAUGAGUGGUCUCAUGUAGAGACGUGGAAGAAGAUGGAGGCUCUGCUCAAGACGGGCAAAGUCAAGGCAAUUGGUGUCUCCAACUACUCCGUCCCGUUCCUCAAGGAGCUGCUAGAGAAAGCCGAGAUUACACCUGCCGCCAACCAGAUCGAAAACCACCCGUACCUCCCACAGCAGGAGAUUGCCGACUUCUGUAAAGAGAAGGGCAUCCUGAUCGAGGCAUACUCCCCACUGGGCAGCACUGGUAGCCCACUGUUCAAGGAAGAUGGCAUUCAGAAGCUUGCAAAGAAGCAUGGCGUCGGAGAAGGCACCAUCCUCAUCAGUUACCAGGUCAGCAUCGGCCACGUCGUCCUGCCCAAGUCUGUCACGCCACAGCGAAUCGAGGACAACUUGAAGACUGUGCAACUCGACUCGGACGACCUGGCCGCAUUAGCAGCCAUUCACAAAGAAAAGGGCAUCACGAGAUUCGUGUACCCUGCUUUUGGCGUGAACAUGGGCUUCCCAGACAAGCAGUAGACCAGUGAGUGGCCUAUAGACAUAGAGUGUAGUCUACCACAAGACUGCCAGUCAUGCAAUAAAAAAAAGCGAGCAAUUUCC